AAAUCCCUGUAUUUCCUUGACCUGCAAAUCCAGUUCUUUCUCCAAAACAAAAUCAACAAUGUCACAGCAAGAUCAAAUCCCAAUAAACCCCAACAUAGUUCCUCAACAGAACCAAUUACCACCAAUCCGUAUGCAUCAUCCCAUCCACAUGCAGCAGCAGCAGCAGAUGCACAUGUCCAUGCCCAACAUGGUCAUGCAACAAAUGCACAUGCCAUAUCACAUGCCACUUCAGCUCCCAUACUCCACCCACGAUGCCGGAUACCCUUCAUCCAUGAAGCGUCGUCGAGACGACGAAGAUCUGGGUACAGCCUCCUCGGCGGAAUUAUCAGCGGCGAAACGCGCCAAGGGACAGGAUGUGAUAUUCAGGAUCGUUGUGCCGUCGAAGCAGAUCGGAAAGGUUAUUGGGAAAGAAGGUUGCCGUAUACAAAAGAUUCGGGAAAUGACUAGAGCUAAUAUCAAAAUUGCUGACGCUAUUGCUAGACAUGAAGAGCGUGUUAUCAUUAUUAGCUCUAAAGAUAAUGAUGAAAUGGUUACGGAUGCAGAGAAAGCUCUAGAACAGAUAGCAAAUUUAAUCUUAAAGGAAGAUAAUAGCAGUUUUGAUGCAUCAAAACUUACUGCAGGGCACGUUGCUGCCAAUACAAUAAGACUUUUGAUUGCUGGGUCCCAGGCAGGUGGAUUGAUUGGGAUGUCGGGUCAAAACAUUGAGAAGUUACGGAACUCUUCUGGUGCCAUGAUUACUGUUCUUGCACCGAGUCAGUUGCCUUUAUGUGCUUCUGCCCAUGAAUCUGAUAGAGUAGUACAGUUAUCGGGAGAUGUUUCCACGGUAAUGAAAGCAUUGGAGGAGAUAGGUUGCCAGUUAAGGGAAAAUCCCCCAAGACAAGUGAUUUCAAUCAGCCCAACAUACAACUACGCUGCAAUUCGACCAUCCCAGCCAUAUCUUGACCCAAAUUCAGUUGAUUAUGUUACAUUUGAGAUGCUGAUUUCGGAAACAAUGGUUGGUGGGUUGAUUGGAAGAUGUGGCUCAAACAUAUCAAGGAUCAGAAAUGAGUCUGGAGCAAUGAUCAAGGUUUAUGGUGGAAAAGGUGAGCAGAAGCAUAGGCAAAUUCAAUUCGGUGGUAGUGCUGAACAGGUAGCUUUGGCAAAAAAGAGAGUUGAUGAAUAUAUAUACGAUCAGUUGAUACAGCAACCUGAUACAUAACAAUCAGCGUAAGUAUUUAAGAAUUUGGUAAAUUGAAGGUGUAAAUUUUUUUGUGAACAAUUUUGUAAUAACAAAGGUUCUUCACUUGAUUUAGAAGCUUUUAAUCCCUUUUUUAAAGGUGACAUUUUAUGGUUCUUUGGUACUGUAAAAUUGUUUACCAGUGGAUUAAAAUUGAAUCAUUAUUUUAAAUGAUUUGCUACUGAUGGAUUAGUUUGAGAUUUAAUUUAAUGAAUUUAAAAUCAAGUAUUCUUAUCCUAAA